AUGGCGGCGGCGGCCGAGCGGAGCCGCCUCAGCUUCCCCGGCGGCACCGGGGCCCUGGGGCGGCCCGUGCCUAUGAACCUCUUCGCCACCUGGGAGAUCGACGGCUCCAGCCCCAGCUGCGUGCCCAGGUUGUGCAGCUUGACAUUAAAGAAACUGGUAGUCUUAAAGGAAUUGGAUAAGGAGCUUAUUUCCGGGGUCAUUGCUGUCAAAAUGCAGGGCUCCAAGCGCAUCCUGCGCUCCCACGAGAUCGUGUUGCCCCCGAGUGGACACGUGGAGACAGAGCUGGCGCUGACCUUCUCUCUGCAGUACCCUCACUUCUUGAAGAGAGAAGGCAACAAGCUCCAGAUCAUGCUGCAGCGGCGCAAGCGCUACAAGAACAGAACCAUUUUAGGCUACAAGACCCUGGCUGUGGGAUGCAUCAACAUGGCUGAGGUGAUGCAGCACCCUACAGAAGGUGGCCAGGUUCUGAGCCUUUUCAGCAACAUCAAAGAGGCUCCAGUGAAGGUGGCAGAAAUCUGGAUCUUCUCCUUGUCAAGUCAGCCAAUUGACCAUGAGGACAGCACGAUGCAGGCCAGCCAGAAAAUCAAGUCUACAGACAACUAUUCCGAGGAAGAGUACGAGAGCUUCUCUUCUGAGCAGGAGGCCAGUGAUGAUGCCGUGCAGGGCCAGGAUUUGGAUGAUGAUGAGUACGAGAUGGGGAAGCCCAAGAAGCAGCGGAGAUCGAUAGUAAGAACGACGUCCAUAACCAGGCAACAAAACUUCAAACAGAAGGUUGUGGCAUUGCUGAAGAGGUUUAAAGUGUCUGAUGAGGUUCUGGAUUCAGAGCAGGACCCAGCAGAGCAUGUUCCAGAGGUGGAGGAGGAUUUGGACCUUCUGUAUGACACGCUGGAUAUAGAGAACCCCAGUGACAGCGGGCCAGAAAUGGAGGAUGAUGACAGUGUCCUGAGCACUCCAAAGCCAAAGUUAAAACCUUACUUUGAAGGACUGUCACACUCCAGCUCUCAGACAGAAAUUGGGAGCAUCCACAGCAUCAGGAGCCAGAGAGAGCCACCAAGUCCUCAGGUAGAAGUGCCUGAAAAGACAAAGAGUCUUGGAACCAAACAUGCAGGCGACAGUGUUUCUGACACUGUCCCUUAUGAGUCUAACCAGCAAGCUGAGGUCCAGGAGGCUGAGCUGCCCACUCCAGAUGUGUUUGUGGAGAAGCUCCCACCCAGUGGGAAGAUCACAAAGACAGAGUCCCUCAUCAUCCCAUCCACCAGCAGGUCUGAGGGGAAGCAGACGGGCCGGCGGGGCAGGAGCACGUCGCUGAAGGAGAGGCAGCCGGUGCGGCCGCAGAACGAGAGAGCCAACAGCCUGGACAACGAGCGCUCCCCGGACACCCGGCACCACCUGCAGAUCCCCAGGAAAACAGUGUAUGAUCAGCUGAAUCACAUCCUGGUUUCUGAUGACCAGCUGCCAGAAAACAUUAUCCUUGUCAAUACGUCUGACUGGCAAGGCCAGUACCUUUCAGAUGUCUUGCAAAAGCACACCUUGCCAGUGGUCUGCACAUGUUCCUCUGCUGAUAUUCAGGCAGCUUUCAGCACAAUUGUCUCCAGGAUACAGAGAUACUGUAACUGCAAUUCACAGCCUCCAAACCCAAUUAAAAUUGCAGUGGCAGGAGCCCAGAAUUACCUCAGUGCUGUGUUGAGGCUCUUUGUAGAGCAGCUGUCUCACAAAACCCCCGACUGGCUCGGCUACAUGAAAUUUCUGAUCAUCCCUCUAGGCUCCCAUCCAGUGGCCAAGUAUCUGGGGUCUGUAGAUUAUAGAUACAACAACUUCUUCCAAGAUCUGGCCUGGAGAGAUCUGUUCAACAAACUUGAAGCACAGACCACUGUUUCAGAUGCGCCCGACGUCGUGUCCCGGAUAACUCAGUACAUAGCAGGGGCAAACUGUGCUCACCAGCUGCCCAUUGCUGAAGCCAUGCUGACCUACAAACAGAAGAGGAAAAAGAGCUUUCAUUUUGAUUUUACCAUAAGCCCCGAUGAAGAAUCUUCGCAGAAGUUCAUUCCCUUUGUCGGGGUGGUGAAGGUUGGAAUAGUGGAACAAUCUUCUGCAACAUCAGGUGACUCUGAUGACGCAGCUCCCUCAAGUUCCGUUGUCCUCUCUUCCACCCCGCCUUCCGUGUCUCCUGCUGUGAAAGAAGCCUCCCCCACGCCCCCUUCCUCACCAUCUGUUACAGGCAGCUUCUCCUCCCCAAGCCAGGGCCUCGGUGCUGAGCUGAUGGGCCUGCAGGUGGAUUACUGGAUUGCAGCUCCACCCGUGGACAGGAAGAGAGACCCAGAGAAGAAGGACCCCUCCACCACCAAAAACACACUGAAAUGCACUUUCCGGUCCCUGCAGGUCAGCAGGCUCCCCGCCAGCGGCGAGAUCGCCACCACGCCAACCAUGUCCAUGACUGUGGUGACAAAGGAGAAGAACAAGAAAGUGAUGUUUUUGCCCAAGAAAACAAAGGACAAGGAGGUUGAGUCAAAGAGCCAGUGUAUUGAAGGAAUCAGCAGGCUGAUUUGCACAGCGAAACAUCAGCAGAACAUGCUGCGUGUCCUGAUCGACGGCGUGGAGUGGAACGACGUCAAGUUCUUUCAGCUGGCAGCACAGUGGUCCUCUCAUGUCAAGCACUUUCCCAUCUGCAUAUUUGGACACUCCAAAUCCAACUUCUAGCUGUGCUCGGCGCAGGGACCUUCUGCCCAUCCCGAGGACUGCACACCAGGAGCCAGGAACUGCGUGCCAACUCUGACUCGCGUCGCUCUGCCCUCUCCUGCAGAAUUAAUUACAGAUGUGCUUGGAUUACUUUGGAAUUACUUUUUUCUAUUAACUCUUAAGUUUACUACAAAGGAAGGAAACCCCUUUAAACAAAGGCAAAAAAAAAAACCCAACCAACCAACAAACCAGUCUUAAAUAUAGAUGUGCUGACAACGUGAAGUCGUGGGGGAGUUGGCAGGAGCAGGCAACCUGCCCAAGAACACCUACCACUUACGAGCAGAUAGCUGAGUAACUGCACUGCUUAUUAACCUGAGACCUCAUUGGUGUGAGUGGGCUGGGGGAGCCGUGGAUCAGCUCAAACAGAUUUGCAGAAGAUCGUGUGGGUUACGUGCGUUUGGCCCCCGCUCUGUAUUUCUAGGAGAAAAGGAUGGCCAGUCUUUCUUCCUGCUGCCAAAGGAUGAGAGAUCAGCGAGUCUGGAGGGAGUUCAACUGUCUGGUGUGGAAAACAAAGCCACUUGCAGAGUUAGGGAGGUCUGGAGAGGAGAUCCCCUUCGGGGCAUGAAGCCUGCCAUAGGGAGAGGCAGGUGUUGGUGCUGAAGCGAUGCCUGAGGAGGGUUGGGCAGGAAUAGGAAUUAGGGAAUCACUAAGUAUAAGGAAACUCCCGUGUCCCAGGUCUGUGACAAUGACCAAACCUGGCCAGUCUCUGUGUUCCCCAGCUGGCUGUGCUGCUGAGGGGCACCACGUCAGUGGGGUCGCUGCUAUUACAUACUCACACCGAUUAUUUACCUGUCAAUAAAACCUCGUCCAGCCUCGAAAGGGAAAGGAUUUUUUUCAACAGCUGCAGAUUUUUUUUAAUGCUUUCUAAAAAAAAUAAAAUAAAAUAAAAACAAAAAAUAACAGGAAAAAUAUUAAUUUGCCAAAAAAAACCCCACAAACCCAGGAAGCUGAGCCGUUGUCUGUGGAGUGAUGCAUCACUGUAGUGGCUGGACUGGGAGCCAGGCAGGCACUCUGUGUGUCCAGCUGCCUUCCUGCCCAUGUGUCACACUGCACACCUGGGGUGGCACAGGCUGCUCUGUCAGGUUCUGGCUGGGGUAUGGGGAGCAGGCUGUUGUUGCCGUGUGGAAGAACAGACAUCUCUGGCAUUUCAGGCUAAGGGGCUGAAAUUUCUGAUGGGCCCUUUUGGGUCCCCCCUUGUGGGCACGCCAGGCUCUGUGAGCAUUUCCAGAAGGCACUUUCUGAGGGCAGUGAUGCUUUUCAACUGUUUUCUUUUUAUUUUGUUUCCCCCUGAUCCCUUACCCUUGGGUUUCCAAAGGCGUGGGGAGCCUGCUUUGCUCUGCACGGCAGGUCCUGCUCUGCCUGGGGACCAGCUGGCUCCCAGGGCAGGUACUGGUGGUGUGCUGCUGGCAGGGAGCUUCUGAGGUGAGAGCUGCAUCUUGUGCCUGUCACAGCUUGGGCUGCUUCACCAGCUGAUGUUGUGGAACCCUU